CCUCUCAUCAUACAUGCUUUUCAAGCUAAAGCAGACCGUGCCCAUGGCGCCAAAGAAGAGCUCUUCGAACUCCUCGUCCAUUCCAAUUGGAAAUUGUGAGGUCGUUGUUGAGGCGAACGCCUUCACCUAUAAGUCGGAUCAGAGCACACUACAGAUCUCCGUUUCCAGAAAAGCUAACAUUAACAUUUCAGUGAAGGAGGACUCUGGUACUAAGAACUGCGACAGUAUAUGCCAUUUUAGAUCUGAAGAAGGCGAGGGUCCAUCCCCUACUGGGGACCAUUUCUUCUUUUUGCUCAUCAACCCUAAAGAUGCAAAUGGCCACAACAUAAGCAAAUCUUUACUCCAGGAAGCAUUAAACAUAUACUCAAAAGAGCUGCCCACAAUGAAUUACGCUGCAAAUACAGGAAAGGAAUCCAUGUUUCUUGAAAGAUGCGUCCUCAAUGGGAAGUAUUGCACAUUGCUUCUAAAAUCAAAGUCCUUGGAUGGUUUUGAAGAGGUUAUAGCUGCUAUCACUUACCAAAUAAUCCCUGCUGACACACAAUAUGCUGAGAUUCCUCUUGUUGCUGUUAACUCUGUCUAUCAGCACAAGGGGGUUGGUUGCCUGCUAUACAAGGAAUUAAGAAAGAGACUGCAGAGUGUUGGUAUUUGCACAAUAUUGUGUUGGGGAGACAAGGAAUCAGAAGGAUUUUGGCUUAAACAGGGUUUUGUAUCAAUAGCAGAGGUGGACACAAAGGGUAGAGCUCGCAGGCUGCCUAUUAAGGCUGAUAUUCGUAGGGCGUUGUGCUUUCCUGGUGGUUCAACCCUCAUGGUUUCUCAUCUUCAGAAUGGCAUUUCAGCUAAUCUUUUGAACUCUGUAAAACUGUGUUUUCCCUUAAAGUCUCAUGAGAAGCCAUUGUCAUCUGCUGUCAUAGAGCAGCAAAUGGGAGGUGUAAGAGAGAGCACUUAUACUCCAACAGCAGUAAAUCCAAUGUGCCACAGAACUGAAAAGUCUCAACCUGAAGUUUUGGUGAACAAUCAUAACAAGUUGGAUGGUUGUUCUCCAAGGUGCAAUGCAUUACAGGGUUGUAGAGAUCCACAUCCUCCUGAGCUCAUGGAUUGGGAGAAGGUGGCCUCUGGUUUAGAAUUAAACAAAACUGUAGCUGAUUUUAGUGUAAAGCACUGUACCUGUUCUUCUGGACAAGGUGUGAAGAGAAUUUGGGAAUCCUCAUGGUCCUCAUUGAAGUCUAAAAAAGUAAAGGGAGGUCAUCUUAUUGACUGCCUAUCAGAUUCUAAUGGGGAUUUUGGUUUGGAAAAUGAUGGAAUAAAUGAUUCUUGUUUCAAUGGAUGUACCUUGGGCACUUCCAGACAUAAGUCUUUGGUGGAUGUUACUCCCAGGGAUCCUUCAACAAACAAUUUAAUGGAAAAGAAUGCUGAAGAAUUGAAACCAUCCAAUGCAACGUCAAAGGAUCAGCUGAGCAAAGAGAUUGUCUCAAAGAGAGAAUGCUUUGAAAUCAUGUUGAUGAAUAUUGCUGAUGAUGCCAAGAAAACAGGUCUCACCAAGAUUAUUGAAGACCUUGGUGGCUUGGUAACCUCUGACGGAAGAGUAAGCACGCAUGUAAUCACAGGGAAAGUGAGGAGGACAUUGAAUUUCUGCACUGCUUUGUGCUCGGGAGCCUGGAUAGUCUCACCCAGUUGGCUUAAAGAAAGCUUCCGGGAAGGCAGAUUUGUGGAAGAAUCUCCUUUCAUUUUAAACGAUGAAGAUUAUAAGUUGAAGUAUAGAAAAGAAUUAAGAGAUGCAGUUCUCAAAGCAAAAACAAGGCCUCGAGCUUUGCUUAAAGGUUAUAACAUAUGCCUUGCUUCUCAUGUUCAGCCUCCAGUUGAGACGUUAUCAGCCAUUGUGUGUUCUGCUGGCGGAAAUGUUAUUCAUGGACUGAACAUGGUAAAUGAAGUGUCAGAGACGAUUUUUGUGGCGUGCGAAGAAGACAUGGAGGAAGCACUAUUAGCAGUGAAGAAAGGGAUAUGGACUUUCAGCAGCGAAUGGUUUAUGAACUGUGUCAUGAGACAGGAGCUUGACCUGGAGGCCCAUCAGUUUGCAGAGUCCCUGUGAGGAACUCUCUGUAUGCUGGAAACAAUCCUGUUUUGCACUGUUGGGGAAAUGUAAAUGCCUUUCUUAUUUAAAACUUUAAGAUUUAAUAUUCUCCAGUAAUUAUCUAUGCUUUGGGUCCUGAUAGAAAAUCAAAGUGAUAAUUUCUUGGUUGGAGUUCUGAGGAGGAAAUUCUUGUUUUAAAAAGCAAAAGCUUAAAACAAGAAUAUUAAUUUUGGGUGGGGCUGGCAUGAUUGAUAUUAAUUUUGAUUUAAGUAAUGAAAAAUGCUUUGUGACUUC